AUGUGCGAUGGGCGGUACGACUGUGAGGAUCGCUCCGAUGAAAGCCCAAAAAUUUGCAAGCGCACCAAGCAGGUUGUGUCAUCAGGUGCUUGGCCACUUGGUGGCCUUAGUGGCGGUUGUUUAACAAAGUGGUUCGCGUGCCGCGAUGGCGGAUGCGUAGCGCCAGCCUCCGUUUGUGAUGGUAGAAGGGAUUGCCGCGACGGCUCCGACGAAGCGGCCUUCUGUGUUCAUUUCAAUACCAAGAUGCGCCGCAAAGACAAAGACUCAAUUGUGUAU